AUGGACGUAACAUCGUUAUUGAAUUCCAACAGCGCUGCUGCUGAGCAGCAAAAGCGUCAAGGAGAACGAUUCGUAUUACCAUCAAGAAAUCGAACACCAUGGGACGCAAAUGGCUAUUCACUACCAAUCAAUACAUCAAAUCAUACGAUUAAUAUCGGAGAGCUCGGUACAGGAAAUGAGUUGAGUACGGUGAACAACGGCAAUCCGAGAAUUCACUGUUAUGAUUCACACGGGACGGAUUCAGAAAGGUCACAUCAUAAAUUCUCUGAUAGUCGGAGCAGUUUAUCUUCUUUCACAUCAACAACCAACUCAACAGCCACCUCCUCUUCGAACCAUUCUCGAUUAUCUUCUUUCAGUACGAACAACAGCCAUCCUGUUAGUUUUUCACACAAGUACUGCAAUUCUGCAGUGGAAAACUCUAUAGAUUUAAAUUGUUCUUACUCUAUUACCUCCCAAAAUAAAGUCGAAUCGCAUUCAGCACCAACUUCUCCCCACAACACAAGAAAAAUUAGCAUCAUGGUAUCUAGUCCAACAGAGAACCUAGAUGCUCUAGCUGCUUUAGCAGAACAAGAAUCAUCUCGAUCAUCUCCUAAGAACAAUGAUGCUCGUUCUCAAAGUGUCGUUGCUGCUCCAGGAGCUUCAGACCAGGUUGAUUCUGUUAGAGAAUCUGAGAGUCGACCUGGUUCUCCAAGUGAUGCUAUGUUGAUCAGACGCCCGGAUUUGCCACGUUUAAAUACAGAUACAAGUGAUAACGGUUUCGAAUCAGAUCCUAGUAGCAAUUUCUAUCGCAGCGUUCCUAUCGAGCUCAAUAAUGGUGCUAUGAAUCCUACAUUGCACAAGAGAAACAUUUCUGCACCAAUUCUACGCCGACCAAGUCGUGUUCCAGCAUCUGGUGUUGGUCCAAUUCCCGAACUUACUCCACCUAACUCAACCCGUCUUACAAACCUACCAUCACCAUUGGAUGAUGAUGAGGAUGCAGAAGGUGAUCCAGUCACACCACCACCAGCAGAUGGAACUGAUGCAGACACUCCUCCGGAGUGUAUGUAUAUCCCUAACUGCGAUACGGGAUCGCAACCUCGCAAAGCUAUCUCGCAUAUCUUUGGUCGCAAUAAGAUGUGCACUAGAUUGAUUCCACAAUCUGUUUGGGUUCAUUAUUGUCGCAAGCAUUACCAACGCUCCCGUUAUCGUAACCCUAAGGAGUAUGCCAAGUUACAGUGUGACUUGGUUCAGCAACAAAUCCGUCGUGUUUACGACUGGUCUGCACAAAAUAAGCGUCGCGGCGAACCCGGUACUAUCAAAGAUUGGGGUAUUGCCAUCAGAAAGCGUGAGCAGAAGCGUUUGGAUGAACUUAAAGGUUCUGGUCGAAAGAGACGAUUCGAUGAUGAGGAUGAGGGCGAUGAUGAUCAAGGUCCGCGUCCACCAACUGCUGUUCCGGAUUGGCUCCUCUCUGUCAUUGGAUCAGGUUACACCACCGAGGAAAUUCUCGAAAUCUUCAACCGACUCCACCAAGAGGUUCUUGAUGAUCUUCUGCCAUGCUUCCCAGACAUUGAAAUUUUGCCAAAUAUUACCGUUGACCAAGACGAGCCCAAGUCGCCAAAGGGAUAUGCUAAGCGCAAGAUCUCUUCCGCAGGUCAUAAGCGUUCCCAAUCUCUUGGUGUAAGUGCGAUGAAGGCUCAAAAUUACGGCACUCCUUCAGGACAAGACCGUAGAAUGAGUCAACCAGUCCAAUUUCAAAGCCCAAACAAUGGAGGAGUCCCUACAUACAGCACUACCUUGAAGCGUCGUCGUCCUAAUUCAAAUGAUGCUAACGCUCAAAAUUUGCAAUUCACACCCAUUCCAUCAAAUUUCGAACGUCGCCGCUCAUUCCAACCCGCCUUCAACACAGGUUUUGAGCGUAUUGACGAAAAUCAUCAAUCCUCUGUGAUUGACAAUGACUUCGAGUUUCCAAGAGGUCGUACACAUGCUCGCGCUUCCUCUGUCUAUCAAUCACCAUUAGCUGCACCUGUUGCUCGUCCAUUGGGAAUUCAUCAAAACCAAGUCGAAACUCAAAUUCAACAUAUGGAGACUGGCUUCAGUAUGAAUGGUGGAAGCAUGAGCAUGAAUAUGGGUAUGCAAGGCAUGCAAGGUCGUGUUCGUCCUUCGCAUCAACGUUCCCAAUCUGAUAUGAUGGUUGGUCGAAAUGCAAUGCAACCAAACAUGAUGGUCCCAAACCUUAUGUCUUCCCAAAACUUUAACAGCAAUGUUGAGUUCUCUACUCCUCAAUAUCAACAAUCAAGUUUUGCCCAAAUGAAUGAUCCUCGUCAACAAGCUAUCCGUCAAAGUUCGUAUGGCAUGCAACAACAGCAACAACAAAGUCGUCGUCAAUUUGGUCAACAGCAACAAUACCGUCAAGAAUCUCCAGCUGGUAGCAGCGUUGCCAAUAGCCCUAUCGUAGGCCCAGUUAGUCAAGGUAGUAACUUCUCUACUCAGCAACGCUCCCAAUCAACUGGUAGACGCGCCCAACAAAAUCCUCAAAUGCGAAGCAACCAGAUGUAUGAGGAUAACACCCCCAGACGCCGCCAAUACGAAUAA